UGGCUGGUGUGACAAUAUACACCUCUUACGCUACGUCAUGAUAAUACGAGGCCAUAUAAUACGCCGACCCCGUCCUCAUCGGGAAUAGAUCCGGAAGUCCUCUUGAACAGUGGGAUCCUUACGACGUAUAUCACGCCCUCGGACCCUCUAACUCGUCCCCCGCUUCCAUCCUCGUUCCCGAACCAACCCCUUUCAUAGCUUCCUCGAGCGAUAGUCUUUUACCGAUCAAAUACUAUCACUAUGGCAUCUACCGAGGGCUUUUAUCCCAUUAUCGGCAUUCAAGAUGGACUGGACCCCGACCAACACCAGCUGCUCCGCGAAGUGCCAGUCCGGAUGGAGAUAGACGACUGGUUUACAUCCGAUAAGCUGAUCCAUGUCAACCAACGCGCCUUGUUCUUCCCUGCGAUCUGGAAGUUUUCCCAGACGGACCCGCAUGAAAAGCUAUCUUGGUUUCAGAUUGCUGGCAUUCAUGGGAAACCAUUUGUUCCCUGGGAUGAGCCUGGAGCGAAACCGGCCGUUGAAGACGAGGGCUACUGCACCCACAAUAGUGUGCUAUUUUCCACUUGGCACCGGCCCUACCUGCUCCUCUUUGAACAAGUCAUCUUCGAGCUUAUGAAGGAGGUGGUGGGCGAAUACCCUGAAGAGGCCAGGCCUGACCUUAUUGAGGCAGCGAGAACCUGGCGUCUCCCAUACUGGGACUGGGGCCUGAAAAAGCCCAUCGACGGCAACCCCCGAAAACGGGACUACACUGUGCCUUCAGCUGUCCUACAAGAAACGGUUGAAAUUAGGUUGCCUACUGCCGCCGGCUACGGCAGCGUCCAAAAUGCAUUGUAUCAGUUCACGAUGCCCGGGCGUAUUACCAUGGGUGAUCCAAGCCUAGAAGGCAGGGAUCUAGACUUGAGGAUCACCGCGAGCGAAAUUUCCGACGGGGACCAGACAUACAUCUUCCCGUUCGACAAAUGUCAGGCCACAAGCCGGCACCCCAAGGGGACUGGCGUGACCCAGGAUUGGAUCGCGGGCAAGCAGGACAACGAUGCUAUCGUCCAAGAACUGCGGGAUUACCGAUGGGAUUCCGGGUCAAAAACAGAGGGCACGAGAAACGGGAACAUGACGGCAGGUUUGAGGGCGGCUUUCUAUCGCAUCCUCACUAUCGAGACGUUCGAUGACUUCGUAACCAAACGUGCCCCCAACCACGGUGCUGAUAACCCCAUAACAAAAGAUCAUGCUUACGACUCUUGCGAGGGCCUACACGACAACAUUCACGACUGGUGUGGCGGCGACUGGACGGAGCCAGACAAUAACAACAUUCGUCUCUCGGGCCACAUGGGCCAUGUGCCGGUCGCUGCCUUCGACCCGAUCUUCUGGAUUCACCACUGCAACGUAGAUAGGGCGACGGCUAUCUGGCAAGUCCUGCACGACAACUCCUGGUUCGACGGCUCGGACCCGCGCGAUGAGGACCUCGGAACGUUUUCCAUCCCUUUCCGGCACAAGGACAAGCCCACCGACCCGCUCCGACCCUUCCAUAAGGGCGACGGGGCAUAUUGGACAUCGUCAGACGUGAGGGAGCCAACCGCCCUGGGCUACACCUACCCGGGCCUUGAGAGAUGGCGGUACACCACCAACGGCGUCUACGACAAGCAGAAACACCUCAGGGCGCUCAAGAAGACGCUCAACGCCAAUUAUAACGGCGACUGGUCGGCGGCCCAGAAGUCGCGGCUCACCGCCGACCCCGGCCAGCUGGAUGGGCCACGGCUUGCGAGCCUGCGCGAUCUCCCCGGCACGCCCGACGACCUGAUCACCCACGACUACGUGGUCAACGUCAUCUACGAGAAGUUCGCCCUCAACGGUAACAAGUUCACCAUUCACAUAUUCAUCGGCAAAGUGCCCGAGGCGCCUCCCUACGGGCCGCAGGCCGCUCUCGUGGGGCAGGUAUCUAACUUCUCGACGGAGCCGGGGGGCAUAGGCGCAUCGCGCGCCGGGUGCGCGAACUGCCGCGCGCAGCAGGCGGACCGGAGCGAGUCGACGGGGCGGGUGGUGCUCACGAACGCGCUGAUCACGCGGUGGAAGAACCAGAUCGUGCACGAGGGCGGGCGCGCGGGGCCGGCGGUGCUGGGCGGCAUGACGCCCGACCACGUGGUCGCCUUCCUGCGCGCCCACCUCGACUGGCGCGUCACGUCGCUCGGCGCGCCCGUCGACCUGCCCUCGCUGCGCGUCUCCGUCGCCGUCGGCCGCGCCGACCACUACGCCGACCGCACCAAGAUGUCGCGCUACCACAGCUACCGCGCCGCCUACGAGGUCACCCAGGGCCGCCCCGGCGGCGCCUGCCCCGAAGACUGCUUGUAUCCCCCCGACCUCGCCUACAGCCUGCCGACACAGGCGUGAGAGAGAGGGGGUUGGGGGCCUGGAACGGGGGUAAGGUGUGGUAGAUCACCAGAGGGCUGGGGGCGCUGUCGAGGAACUUAAAGGAAAGAUGUCUAUCAUUAAUUCAUUAGGUGCGGAUCUCGGAGCUCGUUUUCGCGCCGUUGGCAUAGUAGGAGGGUCGACCAGAUACGAAAGCCAUCGUUGUUACAUAUCUUACAGUCGUUUCAACUUCCAUUGCCCCUUCGACCUU